CUGAUAUAAAGCAGAAACAGCUCGAGUGUUUCUGUUUGACUGAAGAGACGCCGCAGAGACGCAUACGCACGUCAGACUGCCCUCUGAGAUGAAGCUGAAUGUGUUGCUGUGGCUCGCGGUUCUGCUCAGCGCCGUCCUCCCUCGCUCCGCUGAAGCCCAGCCGGCCGCCGCUCCUGCUGACCGCCGCCUCUCUCCCCGACCGCUGCUCCUCCACCUGGGGCAAGAGCUCUCCCUCAGGAUGGGUGGAGGAAGCGCUGCUCACGAGCUCCUCUCCUCCUCUUCCUCAGCGGUGAAAUGGGCUCUGCUGCAGCUCACACAGCGCCUCCUGCAGGCCCAGGCGGAGCAGCAGCAGGACGAGGAGGGGGAAGCCGGCGAGAAGGGGAAGAGGUCCGACGAGCCUCCCAUCUCUCUGGACCUGACCUUCCACCUGCUCAGGGAGGUUCUGGAGAUGGCCCGGGCGGAGCAGAUCGCGCAGCAGGCCGACAGCAACCGCAUGAUCAUGGAUACCUUCGGAAAGUGAAGAAGAAGACUUUGCACUUCCAGUAUGACUGUUCGUCCUGAAAUGCCAGCGUGCGAUGCUUCAGCUGCUUCGGCUGUUUAGAGACAGCUGAUGUUUUAACUUCAUGAAUAAAAUCUUUGUUGUUUGAAAA